UCAAACACAUCCAAGACUUGACUGCAACAUUCACCUUAAAGCACAACCAUUGAAACAGCAUCCUUUCCCACCAUCCAUCUAAACAACCUCAACCACAACAAUGUGCUGCUCCCAACGUCGCCGCCAGCAACAGCAAGCUACGCUUUUCCUCCAACAAGAACCCUACCUCUCCUCCAUGGCUCAGCAAAAGUCCGUCACCCACCCCAACGCUGUCGAGGACCGAACUACCUCAGAGAAAGGAGAUGAAUUACCGCCGCCAUACACUGCGACUCCACAGAUUCUCAACCGGAACUCCUUCUCCUCCUCUUCCUCCUCCUACUCCUCAUCUGGGGACGAAGGCGCAGUCUCACCGGACGCUCUGCCCAGUUUCACGAGCAAGGAUGUACAUCCCGUUCAGCAGUCACCGGGCGGACACGAGACGGACCUGCAGCCGAUGGACCGUAAGGCGAGCUGGAAAGAAUGGAAAGCGCUGAAGAAGGCUCAGAAAGUGGCGAUGAAGGAGGAGAAGAGGAUGUGGAAAGCGGAGAGGAAGAUGGAGAAGGAGGUCUUGAAACGAGCGAGGAAGAGUGGCGGGGAAUGUCGUUGAAUUGGGACAGCGUAACCUUGGUCUCCUUCUUUAGAGCGAAGUAUCUUUCGUUGCAUCGUCUUCAUAC